UCGACGCAUUCGUUUUUUGGGCUGCGAUUAAAUUUUGUUAGUUUUGCAGCUUUCCGUUUUCUUUCCUUUGGGUGUUUGUUUUUUUAACGCAGUAUUAUAAAAUUUACAUUACAUAACAAUAACAUGUCUGACAUUCCCCCGCAGCCUUAUCUGACCAAUAUGACCAUGCAGCAGCAACAACGCUAUCCAAACGUCGAGGUCGCGGAGAAGUCCAAACGUCCGCAAAAAGCGGACUCCAGCACAGCUGUUACCUCUGGCUCGGGCACUGGAAAGCGCAAGCGCAAGGAUCCAAAUGCACCUAAACGGAACAUGUCGGCGUUCUUUCACUAUUGUUCGGAUGAACGAGCGCGUGUGAGAGCACAGAUGCCCAAUGUUUCGGUUGCGGAAAUUGCAAAAGAAUUGGGUCGUCGAUGGGCCGCUGUUCAAGACAGGACUCCCUUUGAUAAGAAGGCACUGGACGAUAAGGCAAGAUAUGCCAGAGAGAAGGCUGCGUACGAAGCCGGAAUCAAAAUUGGCAGUGCACAGGCCGUAACCGCCCAUGGCGAGCCCCUCGCUAAAAAGCGUACUCCAGGAAUCCCGGCAUCACCCUAUGAGGACGCCGACAGCGACUGAAAUCGUGGACGAUGUUUAUUCUUUUCUUGUAACUACACGUUGGUGAAUGUUAUAAACGCCAUUUCGCUAGUACGCAAUACCGUGAUUUUUUAGUUCGAAUUGACCUUGAUUGUUCGAAUUCGAAUCACCUAUAUUACACGCAUGGAUGGCAUGGUCGACCGGCAGCGACGUUUUCAAUAGCGACGUUUUGCAGUUGCUAGUAUUUUUUGUUGAAAGUCGUGCAGCAUGCGGUAUACUGAAAAGGUUUUUCGUUGAAGUAAAUAGGCAUUUACUGUUAGUGGACCAAGAUUCGAACAUGGGAUAGGAGAUCGCUGGAAUAGCUUUACUUUA